AUGCCGGUCACUCUGCUCCUGCUAAUCGCCGCUGUGGGAGUGAGUGGUGUGGAAGCUGUCGUGCCAGCCCCCGCUGCCGGGGAGUUGCUCCUGCGCAAGUGCUGCCCCGCCCACCAGCAGCUAUCGGGCGCAUUGGACGCGUGCGUGGAGGUGUCCGACGGACCGCCCCUGUGGGACGCCUCGACCGUCGAGGACGCGUCCGCGCUGCUGGAGCUCUCCGCGGGCGGCGUGCCGUGGUGGCUGGACGGCGACCUGCUGCUCCUGGAGGCGGACGGCUCUCCACCGGCCGCCGCCGGCCCGUUCCUGGCCGGGCAGCCCGCGGGCGCGCGCGUGGGGUACGGCGCGCACCCGAUCUGCGCGCGCUUCGACCGCCUCUUCGUGCCGACGUUCGCGCGCGACCGCGUGGCGCUGCUGCGCGACGGACGGCUGCGCCUGGCGCUGCGCGGGGGCGGGGACCCGGGGAGGUUUGUGUUGCUGCCCCCGGAGGAUUACUGCGUGGACCGCGUGGCGGCCCCGCCCACCCCCAAGCGCCCCAACACGUUCGUGGCGAUGGCGUGCCCCUGCGCGCGCGCCGUCUGCGUGCGCAAGUGCUGCGCCAAUUCGCAGAAUAUUCAGAAGAAAGCUUAG